AUGGAGGCUUACAUGCUGAGCAUUAGCAAGUAUUCAUCUUUCACUGUUUCCUCCAUCAUUCUUUUAUUGCUUAGCAUGAAAUUUCUAGAGUAUACUACUGCUUUCACACUUGGAAAUGAGACAGAUAGAGCUUCAUUGCUGGCUUUCAAGACAGAAAUAACUGAAGAUUCUCUAGGUGCCUUGGCAUCUUGGAACAAUUCUCUCCAUAUUUGCAAGUGGGAUUCCACCAGAAUUGGGCAACUUAUUCAGGCUUCAAUACCUGAACAUGAGCUUCAAUUUUCUUGGAGGCAUAUUUCUGCAAAUUUGUCACAAUGUUCCAACCUCACGGCUCUUGUACUGGAUCACAACUACUUUGUCGGACAGAUACCAUAUGAACUUGGCUACUUAGUAAACCUCAGGCAACUCUAUCUUGGAAACAAUCUCACAGAAAGUAUUCCAGCUUCUAUUGGAAAUCUUGCAGCUCUCCGGGUGCUGUACUUGUCUUACAACCAUUUGCAGGGUGAAGUUCCAGGUUCCAUAUCUCAGCUUAGAGAUUUAGCGGCACUUGGGCUAUCAGAUAACAAUCUUUACGGUGAAUUUCCUCCUGCACUUUAUAAUAUGUCAUCUCUCAGAUUCAUUGCCCUGACGGACAACAAGUUCACAGGCUUCCUAAGACCUAACAUUGGCCUUUCUUGGCCGAAUCUUGACAGGAUCUAUUUGGCAGCUAAUUUUUUCACUGGGCAGAUUCCAUAUUCAUUUUCUAAUGCUUCAAACCUUUUGCAACUUGAACUUCUUGGGAAUCAAUUCACAGGACAACUUCAAUUGGACGACUUCAAACCUGGGAACACUUGCUUUAAGUUCAAACCAGUUUACAGACUACCUGUACAACUGAUGCAGAUUACAACACUUAGAGCAGUAAAUUUCUCUUACAAUUCCCUGACUGGUUCCAUACCCCCGGAUAUUGGAGACUUGAGCAUCUUGUUUAUGCUGAUUUUUCCUACAAUAGGAGGAUUCUCUUCAGAAAACUUGAUUGAUUCAGGUAGUUUUGGAACUGUAGACAAGGGAACUCUUAGUCCAGAUGAAACAGUAAUAGCUGUCAAAGGUACAGCACCUCCAUCUGCCAGACGCUUCUAA